AUGCCCCGCGGUCAUCAUGAUAAGUUGAACAAUUUCGAAGCCACAUCAUCUAUGGAGUAUGCGGCCGCCCAUAUCUCUGUGGAUUUUAUCAGAACGUUUGCCGGCGCGAGUAGUGGAGUCGCCUCCAGCAUAGUGACAUGCCCUCUGGAUGUUAUUAAAAUAAGGUUGCAAGCUCAAGGUGGUUUACGGCGAGAAAAAACUUCCUCUCGACUUCCGUACGCGAAUCACGGUUUACUCGGCGUCGGCCAAGAGGUAUGGCUCGAGAAAGGAUUGAAAGGAAUGUACCAACGCUUAGGGCCAAGUGUGCUCGUUUACUUACCCAGGUGGGCUAUUUUCUUCGCAACUUACUAUCGAAGCCAUGAAGUAUUCGGUGUGUGGUUUGCCAAAGGCACCGUAUUAAUAUAUGAUGCAGACGUUAAUAGCCCGUGGACGAUCUCGUUUAUGUCAUCGCUAACCGAGGGCACUUUCUCCAUCGCUGCCACCAACCCAAUUUUAGUUAUUAAAACUAGACUCAUGUCGCAGACCAGCAUCUCCAAUCUCACGUAUGCGAGACCGGAUUGGCAGUACAAUGCAGCGUUCGACGCAGCUCGGCAAAUCUUCUUAAAGGAGGUUAUUUUAGCUUUCUACUCCAGUUUGAUACCAGCCCUACUUGGGAUAUCGCAUCUUGCAAUCCAGUUUCCUCUGUACGAGCAACUGAAGAGGAGAUUCACGGGAUCGGGACUCGGGGAAGGAGAUAAAAAGUCUAGCUAUAAUACCUUGGGAGUUCAAACGGCAGCCUCCCUCAGCAAGAUAGUUGCCAGCUCGGCGACGUAUCCUCAUGAAGUCAUUCGAACACGGCUUCACAUGCAGCAAAGUCUCAGGUCUACGACACCAUUGGGCUUGUUGGACAGGAUAAAUAGGGAAGAUUGGAGAUCGUUCGCAUGUAUAACAUAG